AUGAGAUUCCGGAUUUCUCUCAAACGCCCGAUAUUCCUCUUCUGGGCUAUCCUUAUAUAUGUGCCCUCCGUUUUUUCCAAAAGGAAAUCAGGAGACUUCACGCUGUCAGGCCUGAAUACGGAGUAUGUCCUAGAUUCCUUUGCAGUUUCGGCCGGGAAAAUGGGUUAUAUGAAAGCCAAAAUUCAAAGCAAAGAUCCAUAUCAGAUGAAUAAAGAUUUAUAUGUCCGAUUGAUUGAGGAUGAUAAGUGGCCAUUAUUUGAGAAAAGCCCCAGCUGCACCGAAAAAGUGCCGUAUGGCUCUAUCAAUGAACAUGUUACACAACAGAGAAAGGCAAUAAAAUAUGAGGCUGAAGUGGCAAUGCCUCUGAACAAUGAAAAGGGCACCCGCCCUCGCUACUUCUAUUUUGUAAUUACUGAUUGUUCCCUGGAGUUCUACAUGCACGACAAAAGCAUCCCAAAACUCCAUUACAGAGUAGAGACAUGGAACGACGGGAGCCAUCUUGCAGCUGAUGAAAGUCAUCUCAAGAUGUUGCACACAAUAACACUGCUUGUUGGCUUGAUUGUUGCAGCUCUGCUUGGUCUUGGGGUGGUGAUCCAACUCUACGAAAAUUCGUCUGUCCAUGCAGCAAUGUUCUGGGUUCUGGCAGCUGCUGUCUCAGACGCUCUAUCUAGUCUUCUGGAGAUUGUCCACCUCAAGCUGUAUGCAGGAAAUGGGGUUGGUAGUUACUUUCUUGAUGCGCUCAGUGCCCACAUGGAGGCAAUUUGCGAUGGGUUGGUUGUAUUGUUACUCCUGUCUGUUGCUGCUGGGUGGACUUUACCUUCCGAUGUCGUCAGAGUGCAACACAAUGCAACCUUCAUUCAAAAGAUCAUUGGCGGCUUAAAGUCCCCUUUUGGGGCGCUUUCUUCGCCAUCUGCCACCACCUAUUUUGCUAUUGGGAUAAUAGUGUCGCACAUAGCCCUUGCUCAAUGGGGACGGAUUUACAAUGAUGACUUCGACAGCUACCAUGACCUUGCACACCUUCCAGGAAAAAUUCUUAUGUUCUUGAGAUCAAGUCUUGGUUUGGUCUUUACUGGUGCUUGCUUCCAGACAAGAAUCAGAUGUCCGAUUUCGUUGCAUGCAUUCUAUACAAAGUUUGCAAUUGUCGGUGCUCUGUGGUUCUUUUCGUUACCAGUCUUGACGACGAUUGUCAACACUUUUGUAGUCUAUCACCAAAGGCACGUCACGAUCGGAGUUUGGAGCGCAGCUUGUCAAUCGACGAGCAUUCUUCUGCUCAGUUGGUUGGUCACAGCGCACUCUACAUCGUACCACAAAUUGAGCCAUAUGUCUGUGGCACAAGAAAGUCUUGUAGACAGUUUGACUUCAGCUUCUACGAGUUCACGUGAGCCAAAAUCAUUUUCUAUGAUGAUGGGAAACGCUAAAAUCGAAUAA